CUGUGCAAUAAACUGGACGAACUCCAGCUACUGGUGGAGAAAAACAGAGACUUUUCAACAUCUUCCGUUUUGUGCUUCACGGAAACUUGGCUGUGUGGAGGUAUUUGUUUUUAUACAAACAGUGGCUGGUGUAAAGAUGUUACAGUGAUUAUGCAGCACUGUUCUCCUGUUCUGGAAACUUUUUUCAUCAACUGCAAACCCUUCUACUCCCCCCGCGAGUUCGCUUCAUUCAUUCUGGUCGGUGUUUACAUUCCACCGCAAGCCCUCGUGCAGGAGGCACAGCGUACGCUCGCCGACCAGAUACUGUGUGUGGAGCGGACAAACCCGGACUCUUUCGUUAUCGUCCUCGGCGACUUUAACAAAGGGAAUCUCAGCCACGAACUGCCUAAAUACCACCAGUUGAUUAAAUGCCCGACCAGAGAGGAGAACACUUUAGAUCACUGCUACAGUACAAUCAACCGUGCCUAUCACGCCGUCCCCCGCGCUGCACUGGGACACUCUGACCACAUCAUAGUCCACCUGAUUCCUGCAUACAGGCAGAAAUUAAAACUCUGCAAACCUGUUGUGAGGACAUCUAAGAAGUGGACCAGUGAAGCUAUGGAGGAUCUUCGCACGUGCUUGGACUGCACUGACUGGGAUGUUUUCAGGACUGCUACCAUCAGUCUGGAUGAGUACACAGAGGCUGUGACAUCAUACAUCAGCUUCUGUGAGGACAGCUGUGUACCAUCACGCACCAGGGUUAUCUACAACAACGACAAACCCUGGUUUACAGCUAAACUCAGACAGCUAAGGCUGGCAAAGGAGGAAGCAUUUAGGAGUGGGGACAAGGACCGGUUUAAAGAGUCUAAAUACAGGUUUAGCAAGGCGGUGAGAGAUGCUAAACGACUGUACUCUGAGAAACUCCAACAGCAGUUCUCAGAAAACAACUCGGCCUCUGUCUGGAAGGGCCUCAGACAGAUCACCAACUACAAACCGAAAGCCCCCCACUCCACUAAUGACUUGCGCCUGGCCAACGACCUGAAUGAGUUUUACUGCCGAUUUGAAAGACAAUGGGACAGUCCUGACACCAUCCCCCGUGAACCCAUUCACCAGCUCCAGACCACCAGCUCCUCCUCCCCCAUCUCAGCAGGAGCCCGGGCCUCUCUACAAUCACCCACCUCAGAGGCCUCCUCCCCCUCCCCUAUCACAAUGACGACUCUCUCCCUCCUGGAGAGGGACGUUAACAGAUUAUUCAAGAGACAGAACCCCCGCAAAGCAGCUGGACCAGACUCUGUCUCUCCCUCCACCCUGAAGCACUGUGCCGAUCAGCUGUCUCCGGUGUUCACAGACAUUUUUAACACCUCACUGGAGACAUGCCACGUACCAGCCUGCUUCAAGACUUCUACCAUUAUCCCCGUCCCCAAAAAAACAAGGACCGCAGGACUCAAUGACUACAGACCCGUCGCCCUGACCUCUGUGCACCUGGACACUGCAGGAACCUAUGUCAGGAUCCUGUUUGUGGACUUCAGCUCCGCAUUCAAUACCAUCAUCCCGGCUCUACUACAGGACAAGCUUUCCCAGCUGCACGUGCCUGACUGCACCUGCAGUGGGAGUCGUUAA